GAAAUGUUUUGGUUUAGUUUUCAUUUUUAUCAGUGAUGUAACCAGAAUAUUCCUUAGAGAAGAAAAAUAUAAAUAAUUCUGAAAAUUAUUGUUCGAUAGUGCUUCGCUUAUUAAAAGUUAAGAAAAGAUAAACUAUAUUUAUACUUACCAAUAACUUUAAUGUUCGUUGGUAACUAUUUAGUAUUUUCCCCCUGAUAUUGGAACUUUUAAACACCUUAUUGUGGCGGGAACUUUCAAAGUCUCGAGUGUCGAAAGUUUUGACUUAUUCUAGCGAAACAUCUUUUCAACGACUGGCUUUCUAGCGUUAUUUUGAAUGAAAUCCCUUCUCUGUGAAUCGUUUCGAUGAUUUUCCAGUCAAAUUGAAUUUAUAUCUUUGCGUUACUCGUAUACCGACAACCGAAUCAAGAACAGAAAAUGGCCGAAACCACCUCUCCGUCUCGAGUCUACGAUCUUCUUUACCCGAGUCCUGUGACUCUCAAAGAAAUAGCAGCCAUCUCACUUGUUGCGGAAUUAUGGCGUGAAGAAAACGCAGCUAAAGAAAUUACAACUCGGGAUGAAUUAAAAUUAGCGGAGGAUAUUGUGCUGAAAAAGAUCCCCGAUGUCCCAUCGGCGAUUUACAAUUUAUUGGCGGCAUACAGCGCCAAGUUAAGUUCAUCAGUUUCUGAGCUAAAGUCGAUCAAUUUUCAUUAUGUCGUACCGGACUGGGAUGGUACUAUUGAUCACGUUAGAACAGCUAAACGAAAAAUUCUGUGCGAUCGACUCACUGCUUUGCAGAAAUUCAGAAUUGCUUGCGAGUACUGCUUGGAAGAUGACAUUAGACGACUUUGGCCAUCUGUAAGCUCGAAUUUCGAUUUGAACCGUUAUAAGAGUUUUCUUUUUUUUAGGGAUUUUCCAAUAGAGUACUACUGGAUUUUGUGUCUUAAAAACGAACUACACAAUAUACCGAAUCCUCAUGAUGAACCAAUCGAUGAGAUGAUGAUCUACGAAUGCCGAAACUUGCAUCAAAGCUAUGCUUCUCUCGAGUACUUUUGGAAUCGUAUACCUUACAACGACGGAGGGCGAUUGCAAGCAACCAUCAUGAUGUCAAAAUACGAUCCCAGUUCAUUCUCAAGGUUCGUUUUGCCAAGAUUGGAUGAUGUCCAACGGGAAGAGUUUCUCGCUAAACAAGGUGUUGAAUUUAUGUUCUCGUCGUUGAUCUGUAACGAACACGUAGACAGAAUCCACGUUCUUUCUGUUUGGAUGUACAUUAGAAACAAAAUGAACAUAAGCGAGUUCAUCAUUUUAAUCGAGAAAUUGCUGGAUGAAGAGACAUACAUAUUCACCAUACAUUCCAAAGAUAAAGUUUAUGCUUGCUGCGAAGUAUGGGAAAAUUCUCCUGACAAUUUAAAGCAAUCGGCAUUAAAUGCUGUUUUAUCGAAUAACACGUUGUUCGAGAUAAUAAGCAAUAGUAUAAUAGAAUUAGAGCCACAUCACCCUAGACGACAAAUGAUAUUCCUAAUCACGAUUCUGUCAGAUGCGAAUUUUGAACUGAGGCACAAAUUUUGGUACGAAAAUUGGCGUUAUUUGAUCACCGGUGCUCGUGUCGAAGAUCUACAAGCAGUAAUGAAGUUAUGUUUCCGGAACGAAAACGAUAUAAGCUCGUUUAAAGAGCGAUAUAUGUCUAAAUACGAUAAUAUCGGUCCAUAUUGCGUCGAAGCGCUAAGGCUCGGAUGGUUCAAGGAAGUGAACGAGUUUUUGUCUUUUUGUUAUUCAGACCAGCAAAAAGCGAGAGAUUUGAAACAGCAACUGUUGAGGUCGAAUUUUCUCGGUGAAAACUCUAUUCUGCAUAUCGCUGUUUUCUUAUAUCACAAGAAAGGGUUGAAUGCAUUUGUCGAAGACACUUUUGAGGACGUCGAUGAUCGUGUUGAAUUCAAAAAUCAAUUUGUUUCAUCGCCUGUAACUGAACGCCACUUAUUCGAUUGUAUUCGCAAUGGCUGCUUCAUUUGUCUGACGCAGUUCGUUGAAACAUUCGUACCGGAAGAACGAGCUGGUGUUUUGAAGCAACGUUUAUUGGAUAAUUUCAAGGAGCAAUUGGUCUCUGGUGUUAUUCGAAAAAUGAAGAGUGAUAGAUUACAAAGAUUUCUCGUCUGGUUGUUGGAUAGUGAAGAUGAGAUCGGUGAAUUCAAGCAGUCGUUAUCAGUAGGUGAUAUUUUUCGUAACAUAGUAGAGGUUGAGUUGAAUCUUACGGGUCAAUAUGGGGAUGAUCCGAAAUACCCUGAUAGGCUGGAUGAUUUUUUGAGUUGGUUUUUCGAUAAUGAUGCCGAAGAGAUUCGAAAUAUUAAGGAACAGUACUCCGAUUUGUUGUGGGUGUUUAGUCUAUUUCUCACGAGUGACUGAAGUUUGUUUUUUUUAAAUUUUUUUUAUUGAUAUUCAGUACUGUUAUUCAUUUUGUUUUUAUCAAGUUGUAAUGAUAAUUUUAUUAUUAUUUUUUUAUUAUUCGUGAAGUAUUAAACUCGGUGU